AUGCGCAUCUUCUUCCUUGUUGCCCUGCUCGCCGUGGUGGCCAUGGCUGCUGCCCAGGGACGUCCUGGCGGUCCCCAGGGUGGUCCUCCCCAAGGAGGUCCAGGCGGACGUCCACGACCGGGAGGCCCGGGUGGACCACCUCAGGGUGGACCAGGAGGACCUCCCCAGGGCGGACCAGGAGGUCCGGGUGGACCAGGAGGACCGGGUGGUGAGGGACCUCAGGGACCACCCCAAGGCGGUAACUCCACCUCAUCUGAAGAGUCCUCCGCUGCCUCCUCCGAGGAGAGCUCCAGCGAUGCAUCUGCCUAA